AUGCUACUCAUCGUCCUAAUCUAUAUAACUCCCCAAACUAUUAUUAUUUAAUUUGAUGCAAGCUUUAACAUAAAAAAUAGUGUUUUCAAUGCAAGUUUCAAUGCAUUGAAGAUUGCAAUAUAUGUAAUCAAGGAUUAUGCAUUUUAAAAUGUGAAAAAAGAUAUGAGUUUAUUAAUAAUAGUUGUCUCUCUUUUUGUGAUGAUCAAAUUGUCUCAAAAAGAAGAGGAUUGUGAUGGUAAUUUCUAUCCUUAUCCUUAUGAUGGUUGA